AUGCAGCUUUGGGAUUGUGCUCGACCCAAGGAGCGUCGUGGGCGGUUCACUCGCUUCAUCAGCUGGAUGAGAAGGCGGACCGACAAAGAAAAAGUCACGCAUGAAGCCGUCAGCCGAUGCGACGCCGUGGACGUCGUCCCGGUCUCGCCUAACUUCCCGACUCCUGUCAACGACGGUCCCGCAACGGCAGCAGGGUCUGUUGCUACCUGUGAUGCCAAAGUCUGGCUAGAGAAGUACAAGACCGGAACGUCGCGCGCCAUCAAGCAAGGAAAGGGAGUCCUACCGGAAGAGGCCGAGGUGACGCACUGGGUCUGGACGAACACAAGCGUCCCUGUACCGCAGGUCAUGCACGCCGACGCCACACGCAGCACGCCCCGCCUCGAGUUCGAGUAUAUCGACGGCAAGCAGCUCGACGAGGUGUGGCCGACCCUCGCAGCGUCGGAGCGCCAGACGAUUGCAGACGAGCUCGUUCGAGCCAUUCAGGCGAUGCAGGACGCUCCUCCACCCGCGAACGGCCUGAUCGGCUCGUACCAACGACUUCGCGCGGCACCUUUCCGCCCCGACACUUGGCCGCAAUGGCCUCCUUACGAACCGACGACGUCCGCGAUCGAGUUCUUCGACUGGGUACGCCGCUGCGCGCUGGCGAUCGGCAUGGCCUCGCAGACGUGGGACUCGGAGAUCGCGCCGCACAUCCGUCUCGACACGAAGAUCAUGCUCACCCAUGGCGACCUCUUCCCGCGCAACAUCCUCAUUCGCGACGGCCAUCUGGCCGCAAUCGUCAACUGGGAGCUCGCGGGCUGGUGGCCGGAAGAGCUCGAAGGCGUCAUCUCCGGCUUGCGUUCUUCCGAUCAAUGGACAUCCCGCCCACGCAACAAGCGAACGUCGAGGCGAGUCGCUUCGUUGCGGAUUGUGUUAGUCGCGCAAGAGGGUUUUCGGAGCACGACAAACGGGCGUUUUGGGCGGAUCUUCUCUUUACUCCGAGUCAUCAUGGGCUGUAGGAUGUGUAUGAUGCGAUCGAAGUAA